GAUGUAAUGAAUUAAUGGAUCAAUCGAAGAUAUCACGAAAACUUCGGAAAUGCUUGUUGCAAUUGCAAAAGCAUGAUCCGGAUGUGGAAAUUUCAUCAGUCCCUACUAAUAUAUUAUUUGUUGCUAAUAGUAGUCCAUUGUGUGGGUUAUCAUACGAUGAACUGGAAAGGAUAUUCAAUCAGUUUGGUGAAAGCUGUGAUUUCAUGGUAUUUCAAUCUCAACGUUCUUACUCUUUCGUCAUUUUUCAAACUGUAACUGCAGCUCAGUUAGCUUAUCAAAAACUUCAUGGACAGAUACGAUCAGGAUUGAAUUCGAAUGCGUUACCUUUCUAUAUCGCUUUCGUUAAAAACGUACCAGCGAUUAAAAGAACAGAACCGUUGUAUAAACCAAACAACCUGUGGCUUUUGCCCGAUUUUAUUAAUGCGGAUGAAGAAGCAACAUUGAUUACUGUCAUCCAAGAUUAUAUGCCUAGUGGAAAAACAUUAAAAAACCGUAAAGUGAUCCAUUUUGGCUUCGAAUUCAAUUAUGAUAAUAAUAUGGCAUCUGAGCAACCAUCUCCAAAUCCAAUACCAGCAGCCUGUCAACCUAUAAUUGAUCGAAUGCUUGAUGCCGGAAUAUUUAAAGAAGAACCGGAUCAGUUAACGGUGAAUAUCUAUGAGCCUGGAAAUGGUAUACCGUCGCAUGUUGAUACUCAUUCUGCAUUCAGCGAUACUAUAGCUUCACUUAGUUUGCUUUCAGAUCUUGUUAUGGAAUUUCGUGAUUUUGCAAACACUUCAACCAUUUAUGAUGUUCUUUUGCCGCGUUUAAGUUUGGCAGUGAUGCAGGGCGAGUCACGAUAUCGAUGGAAACAUGGUAUAGCGAAGCGAAAAUAUGAUGUAAAUCCGAUCACAAAUAGGUUGAUGCCGAGAAAGUUGAGAGUUUCUUUUACAUUUCGGAAGGUAACACGAGAAAAGUGCCAAUGUCCAUUCAUUGAAUAUUGUGAUUGGGAUCGGAAUGGUGCAAUGAAAAUUCCGGAUAAUGAUGAAUAUGGCGCAACUAUUGAAAAGCGAUAUGUGUCCGCGGUAUAUGAUUCUAUAGCAGAUCAUUUUGACAUAACGCGACACGCCCAAUGGAAUGGCAUUGCUAAAUUUUUGGCAAAUUUUGAGCCUGGAACGAUAGUUUAUGAUAUUGGUUGUGGUAAUGGAAAAUAUCUCAAACUUGAUGAUUCGCUAAUCAAAAUUGGUUGUGACUUAUGCAGCAAUUUAUGCCGUAUAGCUAGCCAAAAGCAAUGUAAUGUGUUGCGUGCAGAUAUUUUGUCGUUACCUUUCAAAAGUUCUAGUGCAGGUGCAAUCUUAUGCAUUGCUGUCAUCCAUCACUUGACAACGAAAAGAAGAAGGAUUCGUGCAAUUCAAGAAAUUAUUCGUAUAUUGAAAUCAGGUGGCCAAGCAUGUAUCACAGUUUGGGCUUAUGAGCAGAAGUUGUCUGAUGAGCCUUCUGAAUAUUUGAAAAUGCGCCAAAAGAAGCGUGAUGUGCAGAUGAAUCGUCGAGAAAGUAAUGGAAGAUUACGGGUACAUGAAGGAAGAGAAUUCACUCAACCGGAUAUGCUUGUUCCAUUUCAGAAUGCUGAUGGAAGUCGAUUCCUGAGGUACUAUCACUUAUUCCGUGAUUUCGAACUCGAAGAUUUGAUCAACGAUGUUGGCGGAUGUAUUGUUGAAAAAUAUUUUUAUGAACAAGGAAACUGGAUUGCUUACAUAAGGAAAGCAUGAAGAUUUUUCUGCUUAUUUUUAUUAAUUUGAACUCUAUGUUGCUUGCAUGUUACGGGUAUGACUGCUGUUUUAUUCUCUCUCCUUUUUACUAUAUCAUAUCUGUAAUUGGGAAAUCUGAAC